AUGGCUUCCAAGACCUAUAACGUCGGUGUCGUCGGCUACGGCUUUAGCGCCAAGAUCUUCCAUAUUCCCUUCGUCGCGCAGAUUCCAGAGCUGAAGCUGCACUCCAUCGUGCAGCGCACUCCCAAGGCCGAUGAUGACGCCGAGAAGGACCACCCCGGUGUCAAGUCCUACCGUACCACCGAGGAGAUGGUCAAGGACCCCGCGCUGGAUAUCGUGAUCAUCACCACCGCGCCGGACUCCCACUUCGAUCUGGCCAAGCUGUCCCUCGAAGCUGGCAAGCACGUUGUUUGCGAGAAGCCCUUCACUCCCACUUACAAGGAGGCCGCCGAGCUCGUCCAGAUUGCCGAUAAGCAGAAGAAGCAGCUUGCAGUGUACCAGAACCGUCGCUGGGACGCCGACUUCGUUACCCUUUCCAAGCUCGUCAAGAACGGCUCGCUCGGCCGCAUCUCCGAGUUCGAAACCCACUUCGACCGCCACCGUCCCGAGGAGCCCGCCCCCGAUGCCUCCAAGUGGAAGAACAAGGUCAUGCCCGGUGGAUCGGCUGUCUAUGACCUGGGCACCCACCUGCUCGACCAGGCCGUUCACCUCCUGGGCUUGCCCAAGCGUGUGACCGGUUUCAUUGGUACUGCCCGCGCCGUCAACAGCUCUGGCUUCGAGGACUCCUUCACUGUUCUGCUGCACUACGCCAAUGGCACCUUGGUCACCGCCAAGGCCACCGUUGUCAGCCCCGAGGAGGAGCAGCUGCGCUUCUGGGUGCGUGGUGAGAAGGGAAGCUUCAAGAAGUUCCACCUGGAUAUCCAAGAGGACCAGCUCAAGGCCGGCAUCAAGCCCGAGGACAACGGCUAUGGCCGGGAGCCCAGCGAGCGCUAUGGUACUCUGACCACCAUCCAGGACGGCAAGCCCGUCAAAGAGAUUGUCCCCACUGUCGAGCCCCCCACUUACACCGAGUACUACCGCAAGCUCGUCCGUGCCCUUGGAGGCGAGGGUGAUCUGCCGGCCAGCGGUGCUGAAGCUAGCCAGGUUAUCCGCCUGAUUGAGCUGGCCCGUGAGAGCUCUGCUACCGGUCGCACCCUGGAUGUUUAA